AUGGGGAACUGUGUGGGUGUGUUGAAAGAGUUCCAUCAGUCAUCGUCGUCGACGACGUCAGAUCCGAUGAUGAUAGAUCAUGAUGAUGAUGAUGGAGUCAAAGUCAAAGUUAUGAUGUCAAGCGGCGGUGUAAUGGAGUUCUAUGCUCCCAUAACUGUCAGCUCAAUUAUCGAGGAGUUCCCUGGCCACGCCUUAUUCCGUCGAAACCCUAAUAGUGACGUGAUCAUUCCUAAUCCACUCCUCCACGACGAGCGACUCAAUUCUGGUGAGCUCUACUAUCUUUUGCAUCGUGAUAUCACCGACGUAAUUUAUAAUAAUAAUAACAACCCUUGUAAGACCCCUCAAAAUAUAUCAUACCGAGUCUCAUCUUGUGAAGAUGAUUACUCGGGACAAGAAGGAAAGAAGAAGAAAAAGAAGAAUCUGAUAACGAGAAUGAUGACAAAGUUGAUGAAGAAGAAGAAAAAGGGAAAUUUGGACAUUUGGAAAGUGAAGUUGGCUAUAAGUCCUGAACAACUAUCUGAGGUUAUGUCCCAAAAUUCAUCCCUUGAGGCACUAAUUGGCAGUGUACGGAUGGUGGCCAAGUGUAGCCCUACUACAUCCACUUUUGCCAACUCUAGUCAAUGUAGUGCAAAAUCAGAGUUAGUAUUAGAUAGUAAGGGAGCCAAUAGUGAAAAACACAUGUAA